AUGACACCGUUUGAGGCGGUGUAUGGUAGAAGGUGUAUGACACCUUUGUGUUGGUAUUAUUCUGGUGAGAAUGUUGUGCUUGGGCCUGAGAUAGUUCAUCAUACUAUUGAGAAGACCAAUAUGAUCCAAGAGAAGAUGAAAGCUUCACAGAGUCAUCCGAAGCAUUAUCAUGACAAAAGGAGGAAAACACUUGAGUUCCAAGAGAUAUAUCAUGUGUUCCUAAGAGUUACUCCGGUAACUAAGGUUGGCCGUGUGUUAAAGUCUAAGAAACUUACGUCGUGUUUCAUUGGUCUAUUUCAGAUUCUUCAGAGGUUGAGGAAGAACAUUCCUGAUCCAUCUCACGUGAUCCAGUUGGAUGAUGUGCAAGUUAGAGAGAAAUUGACAGUUGAGACUUUGCCGUUGCGAAUCGAGGAUCGUGAAGUGAAGUACUUAUGA